GUUUUCACCAUCGACGAUGAACUCAAAUAUGAACCGUUUGCAUCAGACUUUGGACCAGUCAAUCUUGGCAUGGUCCACACCUACACAGAAAAAGUUCGAGCGUUUCUGGAAGGCAAUCGACCAGUUGUGCAUUACUGCUCGAACGAUGCUAGGAAGCGUGCGAACGCAGUGUUCCUGGCAUGUGCUUUCCUCGUCCUCCACUGCGAUCUGAAGCCUAAGGAAGCUCUGGCGAAAGUCGUCAGUGCUGGGUUCAACUCGUUUCUGCCUUUCCGAGAUGCCUCCAGCGGCCCAUGCUCCUAUAAGUGUAUGAUUGUCGACUGUUUAGAAGGAUUACACAGAGCAUGGUGCCUUGGCUGGUAUGACCCGGCUACCUUCGACAAGUAUCAUUAUCAUUACUACGAGAAGAUCGAUAAUGGUGAUCUGAACUGGAUCAUUCCACGGAAGUUUCUUGCCUUCGCUGGCCCCCAUUCUGAGCGACUAGAUCCGAAUGGUUACUUCACCCUGAUGCCCGAGGACUACUAUGAUGUUUUCAAGGAAUUUGGUGUAUCUCUAGUGGUUCGUCUGAACAAGAAGUGUUACGAUAUUGUCCGUCCAAUCAAAUAA